AGUACUUCUGUGUCCUCCGAACCGGACGGACGAAUUAUUUUCUGUGUGUGUGUGUGCUACCUUGCAGCUACUAAAACUACGCAUUGUAACGCCUUUCUUGUGUAACACCAUCGAUUUAAGCGGGCACUUUUAGUGCAAGGAAUUGCCAAAGUUCGUUUCGUUUCUUCCCAGCAAGGAUUAGAUCCCAGAAGAAAGAGAUAAUCUCAGCAGCUUUGAAAAAAGAGGUCAUCAAUUUGACUCUUGGGAUCUUCCUUUUCUUGCAAGCCUGAAAGAUGAUGAAAAAUUUGGUACUAAUCCAGAUGGCCUUCGUGGCCAUCUACAGUGCGUCGAUACGAGAUUCAAUCACCUUCGACGGGCCGGAAGCUAGCCCGUGGUUGCGGGACCCACGAAUUGUUUUAGACGAUGGUGUUAGUGUCCCGCCCGCACUCCGUCUCAAUCCCGAGAGCUAUCACCACUAUGACGAAAUGACUACGUUUCUGAGGGCCGUUCAUGUUGCCUAUCCCCAAUUGACGUCACUGUAUUCAAUCGGCCAAUCCGUCCAAGGCAGAGAGUUGUGGGUAUUAUUGAUAUCCACUACCCCUGCAGAAAGAACGAUUCUCAAGCCAGAGGUGAAAUACGUUGGCAAUAUCCAUGGCAACGAGCCCGUAGGCCGCGAACUUCUCCUCCGCUUGAUUCAGUAUUUGCUGGUGAAUUAUCCAAAAGACGACUACGUCAGGUUUCUAAUGGAAACGACGAACAUUCACAUAAUGCCGUCGAUGAAUCCUGAUGGAUUUGAAGUAUCACGAGAGGGCGACUGUGGGGGCGUGCAAGGAAGAUACAACGCCAACGGAAAGGAUUUGAACCGAAACUUCCCAGACCUGUUCAGAGGAGGCAAAAACAAUGGAGAUCCGCAACCGGAAGCAAACGCCAUCGCUCGAUGGAUGACUCAGAGGCAAUUCGUCUUGUCGGCCGCUUUCCACGGCGGAGCUUUGGUGGCUUCCUAUCCAUUCGACAACAAGGAAGUGACAUUGAAUUUGCCCCAUCUGAGCGGACGUUAUCAACCGUCUUUGACGCCUGACGAUGACACGUUCAGACAUUUGGCUACGACGUAUUCGUUCAAUCACCGAAAAAUGCACUCGGCUGGCGCCUGUUUCCCAGGCGACUCCGUCUUCCCCAACGGAACGACCAACGGAGCCGCUUGGUACUAUUUGGCCGGCGGGAUGCAAGACUACAACUACGUGUGGAACGGUGUCAUGGAAUUGACUUUGGAACUCGGCUGCUGCAAAUAUCCAGGCGAGACCCUACCUGAAUAUUGGGAAGAUAAUAAACAAGCCAUGCUCAAAUACUUGGGCGAGGCUCACCGCGGAGUUCGUGGCCAAGUGUUCGACUCACUCGGCAAUCCCGUGCCCAAUGCUAACGUCCGCAUCAAAAGCCGAAAUUUCGGUUUGAAAACGACUCCGCUAGGUGAAUACUGGCGUAUUCUAAUGCCCGGUGUUUACACCCUCCAGGUCGAGGCUGAUGGAUUCGCCACGCACGAAGAGACAUUCCAGGUGGAGGACGGUAGACACACCCUUCUUAACGUGUCAUUGCGACGAGGAGAUAAGAAUUCUGGAUCCAAUACAUUCAAUGAUCGAUUUCCAUUGCCACAGCUUCAACCGUCUCAACCUCCUAGAAGACAAUCUGUGUUCUCGUCAUUAAACAAAUUUUUCGGCGCGUUUGGCCGUGCAAAAUAAGAAUUUAUUCGCCGCUAAUGAGGCUUUUCAUGUUUGAUAUUUUAUCCCACUGGAUUUUUUGUUUUUAAUUAUAGUUCCUGUUGGUUAAAAUUGAAAAGAGACUGUGAAUUUGCUACCAACAAUAACGAGAAUAAUGGGAAAUACACCUCUUUUUGUCUUCCAA